AUGCCAAACAACUACGAUGAAAACCAUGAACUUGUCUGCUAUUUUUUAGUUCACUUUCUCGGCCCCGUUGUUUUUGUCAUCAUCCUCUUCUCAUACUUCCUCUGGAUCUUGAUCACGACCGUCCAAGACAGCACCAACCAGACCAUACUGCCGCGCCAUACGAUCCUUGGAUUCAGCAUAACGCUCUUCGUCUUUGCGCCGGUGCUGCUGGUCGCGCAUUGGGUCUUUUUCCACUUUUAUUGGCGACGGCACCCUCACGGCGGCGGCGUCUUGCCUCCCAGGCAGUUUGAACUGGAACACCUUGCCGGCAUACUGCGGCCGCCGCUCGAUGCCAUCCAGGCCGCCCUCCCGUCGCAGCAGCCCGGUGCCAACGGCGAAGAAGCAAUUCGGGACCCCGAUCGGCUGAGAAUAAACAGUUUGGACACGGCCAGACCGAGUUUUGACUAUCGGAGCCCCUACAGCUCCUCGUUCCAAGACGACGAGCCGACGACGCCCAGGGGCGCCUUUCGUGUCUUAGAAAGCGGCAUGCCCGAACCGCAAAGCGCCGCUUCCUCCCUAGCUUCCAGCACACUCACGACAUUACCCACGCCUCUAAACGUCCCCAUGUCCCUCUGGGAAGACCGGCCGUUGGAUGAUAUCGCGCUGAGCAAGUAUGCACGACACUCAAGACACGACUGUGGCGCCCCGCGCGUACACUUUGACGGAUACUCCGCCACGAAGCACGACAAGUCGGCCGAUGCGGGCGGCGCAGAUGCCCGCCGCUGGAGGGCGCCGGCCGACGCGAGGAGCCUCACCGACCAUCCUGACAGAGCCCGCAGGAGUCUAUCUUACCUGAGGACUGCUGCUGAUAUCGCUGCCAAUGGAGGCUCCGCUGCGGGCUCGCGGAAUAGCUCUGGUGUUUCCGACCGGGAUUUCACACCAUACAAUCCGUCACGUGGGUCGCACUUGGAGGGCAUAUGGGUGAUUGAUGGGCCGGUCCUAGAUGCCAACUGA